UGGGCACUGCAACUUUGAUCACCACGCGCACACCCACGCCACGCCACCACACGCACACGCUCUGUCUUGGCCGCCACAGAGUGUCUCUGUCUCUGUCUCCCGCCCGGCCCGCGCGAUGCCAGCCUCCUCCUGGUUCCACAAGCUCAGGGGGAGGAGCACAAGGAAGGGCAGGCGAUCGGCCGCGUGUCCGCCGAGUCCGACCCGUGGCUCCUCCGCCGACGCAAUCGCAUUCGUCGCCGCCUCGGCGGAGUGGACGGACCAACAGACAAGCCAGCAGGGCCGGCCACCCGCGCGCCCACCGGCGGCGUGCGCCGGCUACUCUCCCAACAGAGCCUCCUACUACUUUCCGAGCGCGGACCGGGGAGCGCUCCGGUGCAUUGCCCCGCGCGCCGCCGACGACGACGACGGCGCGGCCUUGGACGUCCGUGUCGACGUCAUCCAUCGCCGCGCCGGCAGACUCGGCGGGAUAGACGCGCCUCCAGCGACGCCGGAGCUCAACCUUCGGCGCAUCGUCACCAGGCCCGCCGCCAAGAACGACCCCGCGGAAAGCGUCGCCGUUAGCAGCAGCACCGGCACCCCCACCUCGGCCGCCACGACGCCGUCCACCUGCAGGGCGCGGGGGUUCCACGUGAAGCCGGCCGGCAGGCGGCGGCGCCGCGGCCACGACGACAAAAGUGCCCGGAAGGAAAAAGCAGCCGAGGACGCGGGCAGCAGGAGACGGCGGUGGCUGUACGAGAGCCUGGUGGUGGUGAAGACGUCGUCGGACCCGGAGAGGGAGAUGGCGGAGAGCAUGGCGGAGAUGAUGGCGGCCAACCGCAUACGGUCAUCGGAGGACCUCGAGGAGCUGCUGGCGUGCUACCUCGCUCUCAACGCGGCCGAGCACCACCGCGCCGUCGUUGCCGCGUUCCGCCGCGUCUGGCUUCACAUCGCCGGCCAAAGAAUACGCCACUAGUACGAGGCCUCCUAAACACCUCUGAAUUCUCUAGGAAUUACAUCACAAUGCACUUUGGUGUCGCAUGCAUGGAUGAGGAUGCAUCAUGCAUGCAUAGCGUGUGUGUGUGUGUGUGUGUGUGUGUGUGUGUGUGUGUGUGUGUGAUCAUAAUCAUAGCAUUGACCAAUUGAUCGGCUCAUGGUCAUGAUCCAAGUGUAUUCUUGUUGCGUUUUAGUCUUGAUGAAAAGGCUAGUAUAGCUUGCAUUCUGUCAAGUUGACACAAGUUUC